UUUAAGAUCUAUGGUUAUUUAAAAUCUGUGUUAAAAAUUUAAAUUGUUCUCGGUUUAAAAUUGUGCAGUUUUUUUCUCUAAGAUACUAUUUAUUUAAAUUUUAAAUGUAGGCUUUCAGGCAUCUACAUAGAUGAAAUAUCUAGAUAAGAAUUUAUUUAUAUAAAAAUGGAUAGGAAAAAAAUCUUAACUGGAAUUGUGUGCGUAUUCUUUUUAUCAUUUCAUGGUGUUCAGGGGGUUCAGUUGUCUACCCAGUCAUCGAUAAAAGAAAAUGGUAUUGUCCAAAAUAUUAAAUAUAACCCAGAUCUCGAAUUAAAUGUGCCACAGAUAAUUGCUCGUCACGGAUAUCCUUCUGAAACUCACAUAGUUUCAACAGAAGAUGGAUAUUUGUUAACGUUGCAUAGGAUUUCAGGAUCCAAAAAUGGAACGUUAGGCCAUACACCAGUUUUUCUCCAACAUGGGCUAUUGGGAAGCAGUGGUGAUUGGAUUAUUAAUGGAAAUCGGUCUUUAGGAUUUGUUUUAGCCGAUGCUGGAUACGAUGUAUGGUUAGGUAAUGCAAGAGGAAAUACUUAUUCUAAAGGGCACAUAUCCUUGUCAGUGAAAAGUCCACAAUUCUGGAAUUUUAGCUGGCAUGAGAUGGGAACAAAAGACCUACCAGCCUGUUUUUCCUAUAUAAUGAAAAAAACUAAUCAGCAAAGUUUACAUUAUAUUGGACAUUCAAUGGGUACAACAAUGUUUUUUGUUUUUGCUUCGACCAUGUCAGAUAUGGCCAAGCAUAUUAAAUUAAUGAUUGCAUUGGCACCAGUAGCAAAUAUGACUCACAUUAAAUCACCUAUUCGGUACUUAGCACCAUUCUCCUAUGAUAUACAGUGGAUUUCAAAGUAUAUUGGUCUGAAUCAGUUUCUACCAAGUGAUAAAUUAUUGAAAUUUCUCGCUUACGACUGUGAGAUUCUAAAUAUUGACAAAGCUGUAUGUGAGAAUAUCCUUUUUGUUAUUUCUGGCUUUGAUAAGAAAGAAUUAAAUCAGGAUAUAUUACCGUUAAUAUUCACCAUGUUACCAGCAGGAACAUCGACUAAAACUGUGUUACAUUAUGCACAAGAAAUUAAAAAUAAUGGGAUUUUCAGAAAAUACGAUUACGGUGCAGAAGAAAACUUAAAAAUCUAUGGUCAAACAGUUCCUCCAAAAUAUAACAUAUCUAAUAUAAAACCAGAAGUUUAUUUUAUGUAUGGAAUGAACGAUUGGCUUGCUAGUUAUAUUGAUGUGGAAAUAUUAGCCAAGAAUGUUCCCAAUCUUCAAGGACUAUAUAAGGUGCCCAUGGAUAGUUUUAAUCAUAUCGAUUUUAUAUUUGGAAAAGACGCUGAUACAUUAAUAUAUCAACCUAUCUUAAAAUUACUAGGUUCCCCAAGUCUUUAAGGAAUUAUUUUGUCAUUGUUAUCAUUUAUUAUUGUUAUCAUUUAUAUUUUUGUAAAUAAAGAAUUUAUAAUAAGUAUGAAUAUGAA